GGACGAACUUGCUUGUUAAUGUUGGUUUGAUGUACACGAGAUCGUGACGACUUGAUACGCGGCAUUCCCGUGCGAGACCCGCUGACGUCCGACGCGUUCAUCCGACGAUCCCGCAUGAAAAACGUCUUCGGGGUUAUUUCUGUUUGGCAACAUUUCAAAAAUAACUUGUCAAUUUUCAGAAGUAAAAGCGAACAACGCUUCUUCAGAACGACAAUGCCGGGCCAGGUGGAGCACCCGAAAUUAAAAAGGGCGACAUUCGGAAUGGGGUGUUUUUGGGCAGGCGAUGCACUUUUCGGAGCAACUCCUGGCGUCGUUAGAACUGCCGUUGGGUACUCAGGUGGAACUCAAGAAUCCCCGUCGUACAGAAACCUAGGUGAUCACACCGAGGUCAUCGACCUCGAUUAUAAUCCAGAGAUUAUCGGAUAUCAAGAACUUCUCAACCUUUUUUGGAAUAAUCACGAGUACGGACUCACAACGAGAAUAAAGCGUCAGUACAUGUCCUUGAUUCUUUGGCACGAUGAGGAUCAAAAAAUUACAGCUGAACAAUCCAGGGAAAAGGAACAGUCGCAAAGAGGAGGAUCUUUCGUUACGGAAUUGACAAAAUUCGAACGUUUUUAUCCAGCAGAAGACUACCAUCAAAAAUAUCGUCUACGAGCGCACCCUUGGCUUUUGGACAAAUUGCGACUGAAGAGUAAUGAAGAUAUACUGAAUACAACCCUUGCUGCAAAACUAAAUGGAUAUUUAGCAGGGGCUGUAAGUCCUAGUGAAUUUGAACGAGAACUUCCAGCGCUCGGUAUAAGCGAAGAAGCCGCGGAAUACGUGAGAAAAUACGUGAUUGAGAAUCAAGGAAGCGGGCUCUACUGUUAAUUGAUUAUUAAAAUUAAAUUGAAGUUUCAUAAAAAUGUAAUAUAGGUACCUGCUUUAAAGUUUUUUUUCUUUCAAUUUUCGAAACUGACAACUUAACCUUCUCCGAAUCGAUUCAGUGACUAGUGUCGAAUGUAUUCUGAUCUCAGAAAUGUAAAAUUGUUAUCUAAAUGAAACCUUUCCAUUUAUACAAUAUGUCAAUAUAAGAAUUCUUCAAUGUAUCCUAUCUGCAUAAUUUAUUAAUAAAUACGAAGCUAUUUUUCGAUCA